CUUUAAAUCGCGGCGCCCAGAGGUUUGGCUUCUCAGUUCCUGAGGCGGGAGCGACCGCAGCUUCUGCCAUCGCAACCACAGACCCAGACCCCGACCGGGGCCCAGAGCCUCUUCAGCCGCGGCUCAGCAAGCAGGACUCUCCACGUUAACUUUCCCGGUGCGGCCCCGCCACCUCUGGGAGCCCCAGGCGCGCACCUGCCAACUCUCCGCCUGCUGCACCUGCCCGUCCCGAGCCAGCGCCGGCGCCCGAGCGAGCCAUGGCCAACGCGGGACUGCAGUUAUUGGGCUUCAUCCUAGCCUUCCUGGGCUGGAUCGGCGCCAUCGUCAGCACUGCCCUGCCCCAGUGGAAGAUUUACUCCUACGCCGGCGACAACAUCGUGACCGCCCAGGCGAUCUAUGAGGGGCUGUGGAUGUCCUGCGUGUCGCAGAGCACUGGGCAGAUCCAGUGCAAAGUCUUCGACUCCUUGCUGAAUCUGACCAGCACUUUGCAAGCAACCCGUGCUUUGAUGGUGGUUGGAAUCCUCCUGGGACUGAUAGCAAUUUUUGUGGCCACCAUUGGCAUGAAGUGUAUGAAAUGCCUGGAAGAUGAUGAGGUGCAGAAGAUGCGGAUGGCUGUCAUUGGGGGCGUGAUAUUUCUUAUCGCAGGUCUGGCUAUUUUAGUUGCCACAGCAUGGUAUGGCAAUAGAAUUGUUCAAGAAUUCUAUGACCCCAUGACUCCAGUCAAUGCCAGGUACGAAUUUGGCCAGGCGCUCUUCACUGGCUGGGCUGCUGCUUCUCUCUGCCUUCUGGGAGGUGCCCUCCUCUGCUGCUGCUGUCCUGAAAAAACAACCUCUUACCCAACACCGCGGCCCUAUCCAAAACCUACACCUUCCAGUGGGAAAGACUACGUGUGACACAGAGGCAAAGGGAGACAUUCAUGUUGAAACAAUCAGAAAAUGGACAGGAAAAUCCUAUCAUUGCCAUUAGGACAUGAGAGUUUGAACUGUUGUAAUCUGAACUGUGGUGUUACAAAACCAAAAGGCCUAUUGCCAGAAAUAACCUAGUCUUAUUUUAUCUCUUUCCUCAAUAUAAGAGGAAGGUCUUCUCCAUGCGUGUUACUACUCGCCCCAUACUCAAGUGGCGGGAGGGUUUGCUCUUUACAUAUAUAUAGAUAUGUAUAUACACAUGUUUUCUAUAAAAAAUUAGACAAUGAACAACUCUUCUUAUUAUGUUGAUGCCAGCAUACUUUAAAUAUCUUUAAAAUACAAAAAAUAUUUAAUUCCAUAUUGAUUAAAUAAGUUUAUUGUUACACGUUCAUCUUCCUCUAUGUAGACAGAUGUUAUAAACCAAGUCAUUUCCCCUCUGUCGUCAGCUUUCAGUGUCUUUACUAUUGGACCAGACCUACCUAGUGAAGUAUAAGUUCUUUCAAUUCUUCAUGUGUGCCCUUUAUAUGUACCUGUAUAUGUAUUAUUUUUUACCAUAAUCUUAGAGCACUUGCUUUUCCAUUAUUUUUUUUUUAAUUUGGUUGGUUUCUAACUCCUGAAUCUAACACAUUUCAUAGUCUACAUUUUAAUUUCUAAAACCGAUAAGAAUCUCUUACAGAUCAGAAUUUGGAGGCAAGUGGGCAACUUUCUAUGUAACUGAAGUGGUCUCUUCCUCUGACCUUCCCACACCAUCCCUGGACUCUGAACUGUAGCACCCUCGCCUGCUUUCAAAAUAUUUGUCUAAUUGAGUAGCUCUGUGCUGCUCACCCCAGUGUUGGAACACAGUUUAUUGAUUGAAUGUUUAAGCUACUUAUUUAUAGUUGUACAUCCCCCAAACUACCUUUUUCUUCUUCCCUCUUCAACUGUGCUGUUUUCCCGUAUGUAAUUAUCAUAUAGUUUACCUGUCUUCAUGAAGAGGUGUGGUCUGUUUGUCUGAACAAAGUGCUAGACUUUCUGGAGUGAUAAUGUGGUGACAAAUAUUCUCUCCAUGGCUAUAAUCCAAUAAUUUUAUCUUUCUGCCUAUUUGCCCAUCUGUCAGAUCGAGAUAAUGAUACUUAACCAUUUGGUAGAGGUAGUGUGAGUAUUAAUUAGUUGAUAUCACUCUCAUUCUUUGAACAUGAAGUGUGUCUAAGUAAUGUUUUCAUUUGCUCAAUUGGCUAUUUACAAGUCACUGCACACACACCUUGGUGUGGUUCCCUGUCCUCCUGUCUCCACUGGUAUGUUUCCUUUCCUUAAGCCGUGCCUAACACAUUGUUGGUGCUCUGUUCCAUUUUCACACUGCUCUUUUUCAGUCUGUACAAAAUACGUCUUCACUUGAACAAGAUGAUGUAAUGGAAAGGGUGUUGGCCGUGGUGUUUGGAGACCUGGAUUUGAAUGUUGGUGCUGUUAUUUACUGUCUGGAUAUGGGCAAGGCGUUUGGCUGCCCUAGAUUUGUUGCUUCACCUGUAAGAGGUGGUUUGCUAAUUCCCGAUCUGCCCACUUCACAGGAUUGGGUGGGAAUUCAGUGAGCAAGGAUACAUGUAGAUGUGGUUGCAAAAGGUGAAAAGUAUUGUAUUAAGAAAAAACUAAGGUAUUUAAAAGAGAGGAUUUUAAGCAAUGAGUUUCUUUCUCACCCAGUUUCACCAGCAAUGAGAGAGUGAAGCAAAAUUCAGCCUCACUAAAUGAAAAGGAUUCUAGAAAGUUUUAGAUACUUUAGUGAGAAUGGCCUGAUGCCUUUUAUAGCAAAGCAGAUAUAAUGAGGAAAAAUAAAAACCCGAGUGUUCAUAAAGCCAACAGUUUGGGAUAGUCUUUGAAUUAUAAUAGCUUAGAAGUGUCCGUAAGGUGCUCUCUGCUAAGUGAUGGCUCCCGAGUUCUUGCUCUUGGCUGGUAGCUGACAUCACUCGGAUAGUCGGGGAAUAGUACUUCAGAGCAAAACACAUGGGGAGAGCUCACCAGAUGCCCGACUCUUAGGAUGAUUUGGAACUGGUAAAUUUUACUGAGUCUUCCAAACAUGAAAGUCUAUGCUUCUAAAAGUCAUACUUUAAAGAGCCGUUGCCACAUACAUAGAUGCUAAUGAUGCGUGAAUGUACAUGCACGGGGAUACCAAUUGCUAAACGACCAAAAACUAUAGUAAAAAAUGACCAACAGAAUUUAUCCAAUUUUGAUAUUUUUAUACUCUGCUACCACACCUGGAAACAAAUCAAUAGAUAUUUGGGGGGGUUAUAAUGGGAUUUGUAUAAAGCAUUGCUCUUUUUCAAUAAAUUGUUGUUUUGUAGUAAAAACAAA